GCCUGGUCUUAACUACACCUUUAUGUUAAGGUGAACCUCGCCGCUUUCGGGUUGGAUCCGAAUUCGAACCCAACGGCAUGAUCUCAUGCCACUAGUGUAUCUCUGGCGACAAUUAGCCCACAACAAACCAAAUUUCUCGGCUCCAGAAAACCAACCUCCACUUGCGGAUCGGCCCAGCCUUUUGCGCGUCCCGGAGUGUUCAGCAUCCGACACCACUCGAUGGCCUGAUCGGCACGUCAGGUUUAUCGGAGCUCUGGAGGUCCAAACUCGCCACUUGCCGUCCACGCGUAUUCUCUAGGGGCGCAGCUGUCUCUGCACAGCCCGGCCCCCUUCCCCUGGCUUCGGACCGUUCCAAAACUCGAUUGGAGCAUCACAAUGUCGAUUGUGGCCGAUCAGGUUCGCCGUCUGGAUGCACGCAUUGACCGGGUCUCUCUGGUGCCCCUGACGCACCCGGAUCAUGAUGCUGAGCCACAGGCUGUUGACGGCACCGCGGCCUCUGCGCUCGCCUCACCCCGCGUCAACGAGCUCCUGCGCAUCGUGAAGGCCCUGUCGUCUGGGUCUGUCUCAGGGGCUCACCUGCCGGCAUCGCGGAUCCAGCGAUUACUUCGGCAGUCUGGCUUGACUGGGGAGUCGCCGCCGGUCGAGUUGCUAGAGACCAAGAGCCAGUAUCAGACGGACGUUGAGUGGCUGUUGGUGGGCAAGGCUACCGUGCAGACCUACGGCCUUUUGAUGAGCACCCUCCUUGACCAGAUCAUUCCACUGAGCGACGAUAUAUGGUACUGGGACGAGGUACUAACCUCCUACCCGCACAGCUUCAUCUACACCGUACAAACGUCACCGCUGCGCGUGUGGAGAUGGACGAGGGAAGUCUACUAUGAAAGCUUGGAUCGCUUUCAGCGUUUGUACCGUGAUGAAAUUGCCGGCCAGACAUCAGAAAGAGAUGACCUUGCGUCGAAGCAGGAGGAUGGGAGUGCUGCUGCGCAUAGACCAGGAAGAUUCUCAUCUCUGUAUCCCGAAUUAUCCAGGCAUUGGCGCCAGUUCUAUGGUAUCGUAAGGCAGAGCAUCGCAGAGAGAUCUAUCGGAAAUAUCCAGCGCAGGAUCCUCUCUCGCGUCGAUAUUGGCCGCUCGGAAGCCCGCCACAAACAAGCAAGACUGCGGAAAUUCCGAGAAAUGACGGCUACGGGAUUGGGAGUCUUGCUGGACGAGGGGCUCAAUUUUGGGGCUGCCGAUGAGACAUACAGCGACGAGUGGAAGGGCAUGCUGGAACGCAGCGUGGCGCUGAUGGACAUGAUCCUACACUCGGUCCUUUCCCUGGAUAUCAGCGUCUCGGAAUUCGAAGACAAGGUUUUCGCAGGUGUCGAAGAGGAUCCGGAACUGUCGAUCCACAUCGAGGAUUCGCAUCCGGCCGAGAGACCGGCUGUCCUUGCCCGACGACUCCUCGGCCUUCUUGAGGCUUCGCUCCCAUACCACCAAGUCGCCGCCUCAGAGGUUGCUAGCGAGAAUGGACGGCCAUCAAGGAUCGUGAGGUAUUGGCUUCCAGCCGCCGCUCUUCUUGUGUCAUCCUCCACGAUUCUGCGCAUUCUCAUCAAUAGGCAAGAUGACAUCAUCAACUGGAUUCGGGACUUUGGCGCCACCGCUCGCGACUUCUGGUUCAACUGGGUCAUCGAACCUGUCCGCAAGAUCGUCGGCACGAUCCGGCACGACGACAACAGCGAGUUUGCAAUUAUGAGCCGGGACAGUCUGAAAGCCGACCGCGAUAGCCUCGAGCGGAUGGUGGUUGAGUUCGCGAUCGAUAACCCCGACAUUGCAGUUGGGAACUCAGCCAUUACCGACGGCCAAAUUGUGGAAAUCCGGUCCAAGGUAAAGGAAGGCGAUGUGACCCCCGUUCUGAAAGCAUACGAGAAGGACCUACGGCGGCCGAUCGUGGGCGCCGUCAGCGGGGAACUCGUCCGGUCGUUGCUCAUCCAGGUGCAGAAGACCAAGGUCGACCUCGAGGUGGCGCUCAGCGGGAUCGAUGCCUUGCUGAAGAGUCAAGAGUUGGUCUUUGGCUUUGUUGGGCUCACUCCCGGUGUUCUUGUCUCAAUCGGCGUUUACCGAUACCUCAGAACAGUCUUUGGUAGCCGCAAGGGUAUGCGCCAUAGUCAGAGGGUCAGACGCAGCGUCCGGGUACUGCGGAAAAUCGACAGAAUCUUGUCCGAGGCAACCACGUCGCAGAACAAUGUUAUCUCCUACCGCGACCACGGUCUUUUAGUCUGCGAAGUCCAUGUUCUGCGGGAGCUGGCACAUGGCAUGCUCCCGGGCGACAUUGAGAAGGAGUUCCUCGAAGACCUCGAUGAGCUGGCCAACCUCAAAGGGAUCCAAGUACAGAUGAAAGCGCUGGACAGGAUCCGUUGGGCGUAUGCCGAGUGGUUGAGCAGGAUGAAGUAGUUACUUGACAGCUGAGCGUAGCAGGGGUGUGAACCGGUUUGUGUCAUCUUAGCUAGCGGAGUAUCUGGGGGAGCAUUCUAAGAAGACACUGCAUAACGAUAGCAACGACAUAGCAUAGCAUACGGAAAACUGGCGGCGCAUGGUGUACAAUAAAAGAUAGGACUGGCUUGAUUCAAAUUGUAGUUGACUUAUUGCCGGGGCUCCUUACCUACUUAGGUAGUUAGUAGCUCCACCAUGGAAGUGACACGGGGCUUCU